AUGUCUGACUCAGAGAGCGAUAAUGCUGACAUACCCGUCCCCGCGAUUCCAGUGAAAAAGGCAUGGGACGACGAGGACGUUGACGAGGACCAGAUCAAAGAUUCGUGGGAGGAGUCAGAAGAGGAGGAGAAUAAAGUUGAGCAGAAAGAAGCCCCACCUAAAAAGAAGAAAGUUCCCCUUGCUCAGAAGAUUGCCGAAAGAGAGGCGAGACAGCGAGAAGAAGCGGAAGCUAAAUUAGCAAAGCUUAAACUCCUCCAAGAAGAAGAGGAUGAAGAUCCGAUUAAAAGAAAAGAACGUCUUCGCGAAUUGGAAAUAAAGUCCGAUAUGGAGAACGUGAAAGCAAUGCUUGGUGAUGCUAUCAACAUUGGAGUAGAUUCACAGUCCAAAUUAGAUAGCAUAAAUCCGCGUACGAAAGAAGAGUUUGAUGAAUUUAGCAAAUUGCUCGUUGAGAGAAUAAGAAAACAUGAGUCGAAAUCAUCUUAUCCAACAUUUAUUCAUAACUUCGUUCGUGAACUAUGCCUUCCAUUAAAAGACGGAGAUGUGAAGAAAAUCUCAACCACUUUAAACACAUUGGCAAACGAGAAAAUCAGAGCUGCUAGAGAAAAGGAUAAACCACAAAGGAAGAAAGGCAAGAUCAAGCCUACGCUUGCAUCAGGAGGAAAAGAUGAUGUUAUUGAUACAACAAACUAUUCCAAGUUUGAUGAUGACGACUUUGAUAGUUUUAUGUAG